GCGUAAUCUCCCGAGCAUCGCGUCAAUACUUCAGUCGACAAUCCGUGGUCAGACUAUCAACUGAUCUUGGUCCAUGGCGAACGCCAUGUCCAUAAAGCCCAUUUUAGCUCAUCGUGUAAGCAGCCUCGGUAUCUUGCAGCAGCUGGUCCAACGCUUUAUCGUACUCAUUUUGCUCUCCAUGCCUCGUGGGCAAAGUGUCGAACAUCAAUCAAGAACAUCUCCUCCAUUCUAUGCUUGCUUUCGACAAGAUAACGAGCCCAAGAGACUGCAAUUCAUGCGCAAAGUUCGCCGCCAUCGGGUGUCUUAAAUUGGGAUUAUGACGACUCACUACUGUCAAUCAACAACACAUUCUCAUUGAACCCGUCCUUCAUAGAUGGUAUGUUCGCUCGACAAGGUAAUUAGUAACUAGAAGUGUCUACUCAAGACAUGCUACUCAAGACAUGAUGAUCUCAGCGUCGUA